AUGGAUAUCGAAUUUGCUCGCCAGAAAGGUUUUGAGCUUAAGCCUGUCACUCGACCUAUACCGAUCCGCAACGCAGACGGAUCUCGCAAUUGCGCUGGUUCUGUUACACAUUACGUAGAACUGGUCUUAACCAUUCAGGGUCACAAGGAGGUACUCCCUGUGCCACUUGCGUCUUUGGGCUCCUGUCCCCUGUUUAUUGGUUAUGACUGGUUGGAAUUCCACAAUCCUAGCGUCGAUUGGCGGCAUCAUACUCUGGAGUUCAGCCGCUGCCCUUCCUCUUGCGGGACGCUGCAUGAGGAGGAGGACAUCAAUGUCUGGGAGGAUGAAGGAUUAGAAGAAGGAGAUCACAUCUUUGCACUGGAUAUAGCCGCUUAUAGCUCCGUUUGGGAGGAAGAGCUGGCUUUCCGUAAUGCUAUACAUAUACGCGCGUUUCAAACCAAGGCAUCUGAGAUAGCCAAACAAGAAGCAAAGCGUCAAAAAGAUCAAACAUUCGCAGAACGAGUCCCAUCACCUUAUCACGACUUCAAGGACGUCUUCAGUAAAGAACACUUCGACAAACUACCGGAAAGGACUCCUUACGACCACGCUAUCGAAUUCACGCGCGACUUCAAGCCUGUUAUGGGCAAAGUCUACCCACUAUCUCCUGCAGAACAAAAGGAGUUAGAUGCCUUCCUUAAGGAGAACUUGCUAUCGCAACGCAUACGGCCUUCCAAGUCACCUAUGGCCUCACCGUUCUUCUUUAUCAAGAAAAAGGAUGGCACGUUACGCCCUGUUCAGGAUUACCGCAAGCUCAACGACAUGACCAUCAAGAACCGUUAUCCUCUUCCCCUUAUUCAAGAGCUCUUAGACAAGCUCAAGGGCACUCGCAUCUUCACCAAGCUUGAUAUUCGGUGGGGAUACAACAACGUCCGUAUCAAAGAGGGAGACAAAUGGAAAGCUGCAUUCCGCACCAACCGUGGCCUGUUUGAGCCACUCGUCAUGUUCUUUGGUCUUACCAAUUCGCCUGCGACGUUCCAAGCUAUGAUGAACACCUUGCUCAAGGACCUGAUAGAAGAAGGACACGUCAUCGUCCACCUAGACGACAUUCUUAUCUUCACCGAGUCGCUCGAUGAGCAUAGACGCAUUACUCGCCAAGUACUGCAGAUUCUCUGUGACAAUCACUUGUACCUCAAGCCGGAGAAAUGUAGUUUUGAGCAGAGCUCUAUCGAGUACUUAGGCAUCAUCGUGGAAGAAGGCACCUUUCGCAUGGACCCUGCAAAGGUCGCUGCCAUCCGUGAUUGGAUUACACCUACAAAGAAGAAAGAUGUCCAGUCCUUCAUCGGCCUCUGCAACUUCUAUUGCCGCUUUAUUCAGGACUUCAGCAAGAUCGCGCGACUGCUACACGACCUUACGAAAAAGGAUGCACCUUGGCACUGGGGAAGUGCCCAGCAGCAAGCGUUUGAUGCUCUUAAGGACAAGAUCAUGGUAGAAGCUGAUGCUUCCGACUAUGCUGUAGGAGCCGUGCUAUCACAGUUACAAGAUGGCACAUGGCAUCCUAUUGCCUUCCUGAGCAAGACACUGAACGCUGCUGAGCGCAAUUACGAAAUCUACGACAAGGAGAUGCUGGCUAUUAUGACCGCAUUAGAGGAAUGGAGGCAUUACCUUCUGGGAACAGCAGAGCCUUUUGAUAUCUGGACAGACCAUCAGAACUUCACGUACUUCCGUGAAGCUCGCAAGCUUAAUCGCCGUCAAGCCCGCUGGUUUACUGAGUUGCAGGACUACUACUUCGUCCUUACACACCGGCCAGGCAAAACAAUGGGCAAGCCAGAUGCUCUCUCCCGCGACGCCGUGAGAAACGAAGGCUUGCAUGACAACGAGAACGUUGUGCUCCUCAAGCCUGAGUUAUUCCGGCUGCUCCUCAUUCAAGCAACGGUUGUAGAUGUCCAAGGCAUGGAUCAUACGUUCUUUGAACGUAUUCGCGACUCCAAUGCUGCUGUAGACGACAAGGUAUCCAAAGCUCUUGCUGAGGAUAAACAGCAUCUACGUUGGAGUCAGCAUGAAGACGGAGUUAUUAUCUCGGGAACAGCCUUAUAUGUGCCGUGCGACGACACCCUAAGCGCAGACAUUCUUAAAGCACAUCAUGACACACCUAUGGCUGGUCAUCCAGGCAAGAUGAAGAUGUACAACUUGAUCCGUUCAAACUACUUCUGGCCAGGACUUCGAUACGACAUUAAACGUUACACUAAGUCGUGCUCAGUCUGCCAAACGGUCAAGAUUGAUCUUCAACCACAUCACGCUCCGUUACAUCCCCAUGAUCCGCCUACUGCUCCCUGGGAGGUUAUUGGUGUCAACUUCAUUGGCCCACUACCCGAAUCUGAAGGCUAG